AUGUUCAAUCGCCCGUCAUCAAGGCAUGGCACUGUCGCUCAUUGCAUAGCCACGUCAUGUUCCGCACAAAUCAAAACCAUCUGUAGCGUCUUCAACAAACCAUGUCGACGGAGAGUCCGCCCCGAAGCUGGUCAUAUUGUAUGGGUCGAAAGCCGGGACGUGCCAGUUCAUGGCUCAGCGGCUGGCGAGUUUGGCAGCCGCGAAAGGCUACAAGUCAUUCGUCGAUGCCCUAGAUACCGUUCGAAGGUCCAUGCCCAAGAGCACAUCAUCACAUCGUCCUACGAAGGCGAACCUCUGCACAACGCGGCUCACUUGACCCAUUGGAUACAGACCCUAGGGCCCGGUGUGAUGACGUUUCGUCACUCGGACUGGGUUCAUACAUUUCAGAAAGUCCCAAAGCUCAUCGACUCGACUCUAGAAACGCUAGGCGCUUCAAUACUUGCUCCUUUACACUCCACCAACGCCAAAGACAGGGACACGUUCUCCGACUUUGAGGCUUGGGAAGAUGAUGUCCUCUGGCCCUCUGUUUUGAAACGGUUCGCUGGUCCAAGUGAUGCUGGCGGUAACUCCGCCCCCGGACUGAGGGUCAGUUUCUCUACGCCAAGAGCAUCCGUCUUGCAUCAGAGUGUCGAAGAAGCCAUGGUUGUCGCAGCACGUCGGCUCGUCGACCAAAGUGGCGGCAACCAGGAGAAGCGACACGUUGAGUUGCGACUCCCGGCAAAUAUGCCGUAUUCCGCGGGAGAUUAUUUGGCGGUUCUACCACACAAUCCCAAGGAGAGCGUGUCGCGAGGUCUGCGACGCUUCAAUUUCCCACGAGAUGCCUACGUUACUAUUUCGUCCUCUUCGCCAACGACACAUCCUAUAGGCAUGAGUCUUCCGGUAGCAGAACAAGCUCGUACGUCGAACUUGGUCAGAUGGCCACCAAACGGUUCGAUUUCGUCUUCAUCGCUCUUCGACUCCAGAAAGGUCAGUCUGACGUACGGUGUUGUCAACGAGUCGGCAAUGUCCGGCACGGGACGGUUCAUCGGCGUGGCGUCUUCAUACCUCUCAUCCCUGGAGCCAGGUGAAAAUGUACAGAUAUCAGUGCGGCCAGCCCAGUCAGGCUUCCACCUGCCGGAGAACCAGGAAGAAACUCCGAUAGUGUGCAUCGGGGCAGGCACAGGACUCGCACCGUUCCGGGCGUUCGUGCAAGAACGUGCUACUCUUCAUGGAAGUGGCAGAAAUCUCGCUCCGGCUAUCAUAUUCUACGGAUGUCGCAACCCUUCAUCAGACGAUCUGUAUCGAGACGAAUUCGAUGCCUGGGAGAAGUCCGGGGUUGUGAAGAUCUUCCGAGCAUACAGCGGGGACAAAGAAGAGUCGUGCGGAUGCCCAUAUGCUCAAGACCGCAUCUGGCAUGAGCCAGGGUCAAUCACGGAAAUGUGGGAGGAGGGAGCCAGGUUCUACGUCUGUGGCUCUGGGAAGAUGGCGGAGGGGGUGAAGGGCGUGCUGGUCAAGAUUGUCAUGGAAGAGUACGAGAAGGCCGGGGAGCCGUUGACUGAAGAAGAGGCUGCUGGGCAUUUCAAGAGGAUCCGGAAGGAACGUUAUUGCAUGGAUGUAUUUGAUUGA